AUGAAUUGCUGGACACCGGCAAGCCAAGAACUACUGCAGGUGGUGACGUUCGUCCAGUGGAAUGCAUGGAAAUUGAGCUCGCCACAGGCCAAAGAGAACAAGAAGAUUCGUGCAGCCUCUCCAAGUGGAUCCGCGUCAAAAGAGCUAUGUGAACCCCAGGUAACCAGUAUUUUAAAAGAGGGAGGUAGUAUUUGGAGAACAGCUAGUAGAGAUUCAUUUAUUGUGACCGAGCUUGAUAGCUAUUUUUACUCUUCCUUUUUUCUGUUUCUUGACUGUUGUUCAAACGCUCUACUAGGCUCGCCCGAUUGGUACAUCCGCGUCAUUGUUAAUGGACGCUCAUCCUCAUGCCCUUCUCAUCUUCGCUGUUUGCAAGAACAUAUUCUAUUGGCUUUUUUCUUCUCAUCACUGUUCUACUCGGUUAUGUUAAAGGAAUAUUUAGUGUCACACCAUUAUUGUACUAGUUUGCAAGUUUUGGGUGUGCAUUCCUUAUUCGUGGUUUGUUUCGUGACUUUU